AUGAGAGGCAGUUAUGAGGAGGAACGUGAGGACAGCAUGAACCUGUUGGGGAAGGUGCUCUGGCAUCCCAACCUACAUCCAGGACUGAGCCUCUGGGAGAUGGUGAGGCUUAUCAGGAGGGACAGCAGAUUGGAGAAGGAGGCCCUGACCAGCCCUAAUAACCUGGCCUUUCUCCUAAUCCUUGUCAUUGCCUUUGACAAGUGUGUCUGCAAGGAGGAUUUCCCCAGGUUCUUUGCUGAUUGCUGCACCGAAACCCAGCUCCCAUCUCAGGGGAACAAACUUACAGGAAACACUAAGUCCCUGGAGGCGUCCAAACUUCUGGACAAGAUGCUGAGUGACCUGGAGAGACGCCGUGAGAUGGACCAAAAGACCUUGCUGAAGGCACCAUUUCCUGCAGGAAGCAGUGGCUUCAAGCCAGCCCUCAGUACACAAAGGGAGGAGAUGCCAGGCAGCCCCACAGAAGAUGCAGCCGACACCUCAAGACGUGUUCCCAGCUCCCAGAAGGGCACUGGAAGCGCUGUCUGCCAGGGAACACGCUGUUUGCUUGAGUUAAUUGCCAUUGUGGCUGGCGGGGAACUUGUCUUCAUGUUGUGCUGUGUUGGAAUCUGGUGUUGCUGCAAGAGAAAACGGAGCACCUCUGGACAUCAGAUGAUGGACGGCGGCUACAGCUCACACUCACACAGCUAUAGCGGCUCCCCCAGCAGGAAGAAGGGCCUGGGCUGCCCUCACAACGGCUCUGAGAAGUGGACCCCAAAAUGGCCAUCUACAAGGAAACCUCCUAUUACCCUCUAGAUCCCACUGCC